CACCUCUAAGUAACUCUUAUUAGUUUGUGUUGUAUUAGUAGUUUGUGACCGUGAGGGAGCCCCCGGAGCCACCAAAAUCCAAUCAAAAUACCUAGGUUUGCAAUUUUCUCAUGUGUAUUGUUUCCUAAGGAAGAAGGACCUGUUGCGUCAAGUAAAUUUUCUGUGCUACGACAAAAUACUGCAAGAUUUCUUUAUAUUACGUUAAAUCUCAUUUAUUGUAGUGGAAGUGAGUGAAUUAAGAUCCUUCGUGAAAUGCUCCGUUCAGAUGCUCAAGAUUUCCAUGGACAUGAUACGAAUUUGAGUAACAUGCUCAACAUUACUGUUGACGCAAUAGCUCUAAUCGAGAAAGAAUUGGAUCCUUACGACCUCGUUUCCCUAGUAUUCGUUUUGUACGAUGUACCAGACACUGCACUACAGCGUCUUAUUGUGUAUGAAAGAGUUUACAAAGACAUGAAGGGAAAUACUCUGAAUCUGCUGUAUGACUGGGCUAAUCACGCGCAAUCGCGACCAUCUUGGAGGUUUGAGUUCUUAGAAGCGCUUGCAAUCUGCCAACUAUACAGUAUCAUAAGAAAACUAGGAUUCGAUGUUGCAAACAUCAAAAGACUUUACGCCCCAGACGACAUUCGAACCAACUUUUACAUCAAUCCCAUAAAGAAAUGCUUAUAUAAACUAUGCGAACACACCACAUCCGAAAACCUAGAAAAACUUAAAAAUACUCUAAAAACCUACGAAAUUGACACGUCAGAUUAUAAGAGCUGUGAAUUAGUUUUGUUAGAGUUAAUGUGCAAAAAGUUUAUUAUCAUUGACAACCUGAAUAUUGGGAAACUUUCUAACAAUAAAAUACAGUUGGAAAAGCUAGCUAAAAUUGUUGAGAACUUUACUGGAUUACAAAAAUUUGCUGCUGAACUUAGAGAAUUACAGGGGCAGAGCAAUGAAAAAGAAAAAACGAUGAGGCAUGCUGGUACAAAUAUUCCACUUGCUAAAGAGAAUUCUGAUGAUACAAAGUACUAUGAUGAUGAUGACGAUUAUGUCGAUGAGGAGGAUAUUGAUCAAUUCAUGGCAACUGCCUUUGAGGAAAUAUACCAACGUCUCGGUGAGGUGCAUUUUGAGGAGCCAUCAGUAAAAACCCUAAAAUCUGACACAAGAAAACUUAACAAUGCAAAUGUCAUAGAUGGUGCAUAUUCCAUAAACAAUCCGAAGAGAAUUGGUGUAUGCUACAUAAUAAAUCAAGAAGACUUUCAUCCUUCCAAAGAUAGUAUUGAGAAAAAUACACAAUGUACACCUCUAGAAAAGCGAUAUGGUUCAACCAGGGAUAAAGAAGUAUUGGAGAGAACUAUGGCUUCACUUAAUUUUGAAGUGAUUAGUCACCGCAACUUAGACCACAAAAAAAUGAUGGAAUACAUUAAAAAUAUUGUUCAGUACCGAGUACACCAUGAUGAUAGUAUGUUCAUGUUAUGUAUUCUUUCUCAUGGAGUGAGAGGUCAUGUGUAUGCUGCCGAUUCUGUUAAAGUUAAAAUUGACACUAUUCAAAGCUUGUUAGAUGACUCUCUUCAAGGACGGGAACUUGAUAUACCAAAGAUAAUGAUACUACAGGCUUGUCAAGUGAAUUUGAAUGAGGAACCAAAGUUUAGAAUCGCGGCUGAUAACCCAUUCCAACAAAAUACUUACCACUUGAAAAAAUUGAAUUUCCUCAUUUAUUGGGCUACUGCUCCAGAAUUGGAAGCGUACAGGGAUGUGAUAAAAGGUUCAUUUUUUAUUCAAGUUUUAUGCUGUAUAAUACAAAAAUAUGCUAAACAUGAGCAUCUGUAUGACAUUUUCACAAAAGUGACUGAUGGAGUUGCUAAAAUUUGUACAAAAAUUAAAAAAGAUCAAGUUCCUAUUUUUGAAUCCACUUUGAGAAAAAAACUGUAUUUGCAGAUUCCAGAGUAACAUAUUGACAAGUUUUUAAAAUAAAUUAUACAGACAAAUCAUGUAUUUCAUAAAUAAGUAAGAAAUUUUGUACAUGUUUUAUGAUAUUUAUUUUGUUGAC